AUGUCUCAACCUACGAUUGACGAGUCGCUGUACAGCAGGCAGCUAUACGUGCUUGGACACGAUGCCAUGCGACAAAUGUCGUCGAGCAAUGUGCUCAUCGUGGGCUUGCACGGUCUUGGCGCCGAGAUCGCGAAAAACAUUGCCUUGGCUGGCGUUAAGAGUGUGACAUUGUACGACCCCGCCCCUGUCUCCGUGGCCGACCUUAGCUCCCAAUUCUUCUUGCGGAACGAGGAUGUGGGUCAACCUGGGGUGACACGCGCGUCAGCUACAGCUUCACGUCUCUCUGAGCUCAACUCAUACGUCCCAAUCAAGGUGCUGGAUGUACCUUCGCUGGAUAAGGCCACAUUGGAGUCAUUCAAGGUCGUUGUACUGACACAUACACCAUUGAAUGAACAGCUGCGCGUGAACGACUUGACACAUAACACUUCGACACACUUUAUUGCAGCCGAUGUGCGUGGCUUGUUCGGUACGGUUUUUAAUGACUUUGGCUCCCACUUCGUGUGCAAGGAUACCAACGGCGAGCAGCCAUUGGACAGUAUGAUUGUGUCUGUCACGCACGAUGAGGAAGGCCUGGUCACGACGAUCGAUGAGAAGCGCCACGGCUUGCAAGAUGGCGAUUAUGUCACAUUCACCGAGGUGCAGGGCAUGUCGGAGCUGAAUGGCAUCGAGCCUCGCCGUGUCACUGUCAAGGGUCCCUACACAUUCACGAUUGGAGAUACGAGAUCUUUUGGCGAGUACAGGGGUGGCGGUAUAUUCAAGCAAGUCAAGAUGCCUGAAAUACUCAACUUCAAGUCGUUGCGUGAGAGUCAGCAGGCACCUGAAUUUCUCUUCUCUGACUUUGCCAAGAUAGACCGGUCCAUGAUCCUGCACAUUGGAUUCGAGGCACUGUCAGCCUAUGAAGAAAAGAACGGCCACUCACCUCGCCCGCGUAAUGCCGAUGACGCCAACGCCCUACUUGCUUUGGCUCGCGACAUCAUGCAGUCUCGAAACCAGCUUCCUGAGGGUGAAGAAGCCACAAAGCUUUCGAACUGGAUUCUCACGGAGCUCUCGUACCAGGCAACGGGCGAUCUUUCGCCUAUGGUGGCAUUCAUCGGUGGUUUUGUGGCACAAGAAGUGCUCAAGGCGUGCAGUGGCAAGUUCCACCCUCUGAUGCAACACAUGUACGCUGACGUACUCGAGGCGCUGCCUAAAGAUGUGCCCAACCUGCCCGAAUCUGAAUUUUCGCCGCAACAUUCGCGAUAUGACGGCCAAAUCGCUGUAUUCGGCAAGACGUUCCAGGAGCGCAUCGGAAACACGCGCCAGUUCCUUGUCGGAAGUGGAGCUAUUGGCUGCGAAAUGCUCAAGAAUUGGAGCAUGAUGGGUCUUGGUGCGGGUCCCCAGGGCCAGAUCUAUGUGACAGAUCUGGACACGAUUGAAAAAAGCAACCUAAACCGCCAAUUUCUCUUCCGUACUCAGGAUGUGGGUAAAUUCAAGGCAGACACAGCUGCUGCCGCCGUGGCAGCAAUGAAUCCUGACCUGUCUGGAAAGAUCAAGACGUUCCAGCAGCGUGUGGGGCCCGAGACGGAGGAUUUAUACGACCAGGACUUUUUUGCUCAAAUUGAUGGCGUGACAAAUGCACUGGACAAUGUGGCGGCGCGUAACUAUAUGGACAGUCGCUGUGUCUUUUUCCGCAAGCCACUCCUCGAGUCAGGGACACUUGGCACCAAGGGCAACACUCAGGUCGUCGUGCCCGAUCUGACCGAGUCGUACGCGUCGUCGCAUGACCCGCCGGAGAAGUCGAUUCCCGUGUGCACGCUUAAGAACUUCCCGAAUCAGAUUGAGCACACGAUACAAUGGGCGCGAGAGCAAUUCGAUGAGCUGUUCCAGAAGCCUGUGGCGAAUGUAAACCAAUACCUGUCGCAGAGUGACUACUUGUCGUCACUGUCAUCGUCGGGCGACUCUGGAUACGGACAGCAGGUCGAGCAGAUCAAAGAAUACCUUGUUGAUGCUCGUCCUCAGUCAUUUGACGCGUGUAUUGUUUGGGCUCGUCUCAAGUUUGAAGAGAACUAUGUCAACAUGAUCAAGCAGCUCCUUUUCAAUCUGCCGCACGAUGCCAAGACCACGACAGGACAGCCAUUCUGGAGUGGUCCGAAGCGAGCGCCGUCGCCUCUGGUCUUUGAUCCUCACAAUGAGCUGCACAUGGCUUACAUUGUGGCGACAGCGAAUCUACAUGCCUUCAACUAUGGCUUGAAUGGCUCUACGGAUGUGGGACACAUUGCCCAGGUGGCGUCUCAAGUCCAGGUGCCCGAGUUUGUGCCGAAAGAGGCCAAGGUACAGAUCAACGACAGUGAUCCGGCGCCUGGCCAAAGCACAAACGCGGCGGAAGACCAGGCGAGCCUGGAGGAGGUCGUUUCGAGUCUGCCGGCCCCUGCUUCCAUGGCAGGCUAUCGUCUGACGCCGGCCGAGUUUGAAAAAGACGACGACACGAACCACCACAUUGAUUUUGUUACGGCGGCCUCGAAUCUGCGUGCCACCAACUACCAAAUCGAGCCGGUCGACCGUUACACGACCAAGGGCAUCGCUGGCAAGAUUAUUCCGGCGAUUGCCACGACAACGGCGCUCGUUACGGGUCUGGUGAAUUUGGAGAUGUACAAGCUGAUGGACAACAAGCGCGACAUUGAGUCGUACUCCAAUGCGUUCGUGAACUUGGCGCUGCCCUUCAUCGCAUUCAGUGACCCCAUUGCCGCACCGGUGCACAAGUACAAUGACCGGGAAUGGACAUUGUGGUCGCGCUUUGAUGUUGAGGAUAUGCCAUUGCGCGACUUUCUCGAGUACUUCCAUCGUGAGCAUGGCCUGGAGGUCACGCUCGUGUCGGGCAAUAUGGCGAUGCUGUACGCCGAUUUUAUGCCGCCCAAGAAGAAGGAGGAGCGUCUGCCCAUGCGUUUGCGCGAGUUGGUCGAGCACGUCACGAAGAAGCCGGUUGAGCCGCAUGUGCGGCACCUCAGUAUCGAGAUCAUGGCUGACGAUCUGAACGGUGAGGAUGUAGAAGUGCCCACUGUUUCCGUGCGCAUCAAGUAA